AUGCGCUCCAUUCAGACGCGCGCGCCUCUAUCUCUGUGCUCACUUUCUCCAAACUCUUCAGUAAAACUGAAUUAUUCCUGUCUUUAUUUCGAUUUCACAGUUUAAACAGAGGGGAUGUGGGAAAGGCGUGUAUGAGUGAGUUCUGAGGGCCAUCUUGGAAACAGGGUAAUAACUCGAUUAUUAAAAAAAAGUAGAUCUGAAGACAAUGAGGACAUCUCUGCUCAUCCUCAGCCUCCUCACGCGCUGCUGCUGCGCGUCUCUGCGCUUCGUGUGUCCGGAGGUCUGCCGCUGCUCCGUGAAGACCAUCUGCUGCACGAGGGCGACCGAGGCGCGCGCAGCCAAACACAGCGCUGUCAGCAGACUUGUUUUGAACUAUGUGCACCUGAAGAGUAUUCCCAGUCUCAGCUUUGAUGGACUGACGGGUGUUAAGAGAAUAGAAAUAGCUCAGAGCGUCACUCUGGAGACCAUAGAGACCCGAGCCUUCAUCAACCUCCUCAACCUCUCAGAGAUAUCAAUCCAAAACACGCGGAGCCUGGUUCAUAUCCACCAACGGGCCUUCUACAAUCUACCCAAGCUGAGAUAUUUGAGCAUCUCCAACACUGGAAUAACUGUGUUUCCUGAUCUGACCUCCAUUUCUUCUCUUGAAGCCUCUUUCAUGCUAGAUAUCUGUGACAACCUCCACUUGCAGUCAAUCCCACCAAACGCCUUCACUGGAAUGACGAGUGAAGACACAACAAUGAAUCUUUAUAACAACGGCUUCAGAGAAAUACAACACCAUGCCUUCAAUGGAACAAAAAUAGACACACUAAUAUUGAAGAACAACCGAAACCUGCAGUCAAUCCACAGGGAGGCUUUUAGAGGAGCAUUGGGCCCUGCUGUGUUGGACGUGUCCUCCACAGCUCUAGAGACAUUGCCCUCUCGUGGUUUACAGGCUGUUCAGAAGCUGGUGGCUCGUUCUGCGUUCUCGCUAAAGAGGCUUCCUCCUCUAAACGGCCUGGAGAACCUGAGAGAAGCUCAGCUGACCUACCCAAGCCACUGCUGUGCUUUACUCAGCUGGAACACCCACAGGGAAGCUCCCUCUUCAGGACUGAGAAAUGGUUCUUCAUACUGUGAAGAGCAGAGCCUGUUAGCUGUGAGAUCAGGCGAAGCUUCCAGUGAGUCCAACACGGAUGAAGAUCCCUUUUUCAUGUCGGGACCUUUUGGCACUGUGGAUUUUGAGUACCCAGAACUGGACUCCUGCCAGACGAGGCCUGUUCUUCUUUGCAGCCCAGAGGCGGACGCCUUCAACCCCUGUGAGGACAUUGUGGGAUUUGGGUUCCUGCGCGUGGCCAUCUGGUUCAUCAACAUUCUGGCAAUCACUGGGAACCUGACCGUACUUCUGGUGCUGUUUGCCAGUCGCUGUAAGCUCACUGUCCCUCGUUUCCUGAUGUGUCACCUGGCGUUUGCUGAUUUCUGCAUAGGCGUGUACCUCCUGAUGAUCGCCACUGUGGAUCUGCGCACACGCAGCCACUACAGCCAGCACGCCAUAGAGUGGCAGACGGGGUCCGGCUGCGGCAUCGCCGGUUUCCUGGCCGUCUUUGGUGGUGAACUGUCUGUCUACACGCUGUGCACCAUCACCGUGGAACGCUGGCACACCAUCACCCACGCUUUGCGUUUGGAGCGCAGGCUCGGCCUGCCCCAAGCCACUGCCAUCAUGGCUGCUGGGUGGGUGCUCUGCUUGGUCAUGGCCCUGCUUCCUUUAGUUGGCAUCAGCAGUUACAGUAAGGUCAGUAUGUGUCUGCCUAUGGAUAUUGAGACCCCUUUGUCCCAGACUUACAUCAUCCUUCUUCUGCUUUUUAACGUGGGAGCUUUCAUAGUGAUCUGCGGCUGCUACAUGCGGAUAUACACGGCUGUACGCUACCCCGAGGUGCCGGGACGCACCGCUGACGCUAAAAUCGCUAAGCGUAUGGCCGUGCUCAUCUUCACAGAUUUCCUCUGCAUGGCGCCCAUCUCCUUCUUUGCCAUAUCUGCUGCCUUUAAGGUACCGCUCAUCACAGUCACCAACUCCAAGAUCCUCCUGGUGCUCUUCUAUCCCAUCAACUCCUGCGCCAACCCCUUCCUCUACGCCAUCUUCACCAAGGCCUUCAGGAAGGACGCCUGCAUGAUGUUGAGCACCAUAGGCUGCUGCGAGAGCAAAGCCAACAUGUACCGUAUGAAGACGUACUGUUCAGAGAACGCUGGGAAAAGCAAAAGCAGCUCAGGCAGUAAAUCUCCACGCGCCGUCAUGUGGCUGUCCUCGUCUUCUCACCAGAAGCCACAGCUGAAGAUAAAGAGCAUAGAGAAAGACAGCAGCUGAGGAGGACAUCUCACACUUCUUCACAUUUUUCAUCUUUGUGUGAUAUUGUAUGGUGCAUUAUGUUAGCCAAGUAUCCCCCAUCAGCGUUUUUAUUAUAAAACUCGAUUUUGAGUGUGGGGAGAAGGCUUUCAGAGGGAGAAUUUGUGAGUUAUUUUCUCUCAGACAAUGCGACUAUUUUUGUUAUGUCACAGAAGAAAAGAGAAGAGACCACAUGACCACGGAGACUGAGAUGAGAGACUGGCGGCCAGGGUUGAGUCUAUUGUUAAGGCUUAAAUAAGAAAAAAAAUCAAAAACAGAUUUCUUUUUUUCCUUUAUCAUGGUCCUUCUAACCUUUAACCUAUACGAUCGGUACGAGGAUUGUACACUGUAUGUCUCAAUGCCUGUGGAUACCCCUUAUUAUGAAUUCAACUACUUUAAGUUGCACUCAUUGCUAAGUGCUGCCAAUAAAGUUGUGCAAGUGCGUCCAUACAUGCACACAUAGCUUGUCUAUUCACUGUAAAUCUAUAAAAGUAUUAAUUCAGGUCAAUUCAGUUCAAAUUUAUUUAUAUAGAGCUUUUUACAAAAAAUCAGCUUUACAGAGAUACGGAUCCAAGUGUCUUAUAAGUAAAUACCACAGUAAUAGUGCCAACAGUGGCAAGGAAAAAAAAAGAAACAUUAGGAGGAAUCCAAGAGUCAGUAAGAGGAAUUCAUCCUCCUCUGGUCGACCCAGACAGCCCAGACAUUUGACAAAAACAACUGUACAGAGAGAUAAUGGGCAGCUAGUCUAUUAACAAUUAGAGGUGGGACGAAAUAUUGUUGUUAUUAUUGAAACAUAGGCGCUCUAAACUCUCUUUGACUCCCCCCUCAAUUUGAUUUACUAAAGUUACCGCUUUAAGUGGUGGCACUAAUCAAAUGACUAAGUUCAACAUAUGGUAAAGAUUAU